AAGCUUUAGUCGUUUGCUGCACAAUGGCGCGAUUGGUUUGUGCUUGUUCGCCCUGCUGCCGCCGUCGUUUCUGAGCGGAGGGCCGGCCCAAAACGUUGGACCGUCCGUUGCGCGGGAUAUAAAUCUUACCGCACAGUCUCCCUCGUUCGUAACCGCUCAGCUCUCCACGUUUCCUCGUUUCUCUCGAAUCAUUCGUUUCUCGUAGUCUGUCUGACGAAAGAGAAACGGUAACAACGACGGCUGGUCGGAAGACGAAUCCCGAGAACCGUGAAUAGAAAGACCACCACGACCGACCGACCGACCGUCAUCCAGAAAGAAGGCCAGGUUUUAUCCAACGCGCGCGCUAUUCGAAAAACCAAUACGCUCGGUAGAAUCCGGGGGUUCGCUUUUCGAGCAGACGGCGGUUAUCAACAACGUCUUUGGGGGAAACUCGGAUUACAUCUGACCGUUUCUCCACCCCAGCCUCCCGUUCAGGAACGCACGGCGACAACAGGAAGAACAUACAAAGAGCUUUCCCGUAAAGUGACCGAUUGUCACCCACGAAGAUCUCCGUCCAAGGACCCAGCUGUAGCACGAAGCAACGCUGCGUGGGCCUAAGCACAAGUGAUAUUCUUAUCUAAUAAUUAAUACGUAGCUAUAUACGCGUUUAUACCGAUCAAGCCUAGAAACGUUUAAAUCGGUUCGUUAUAAUCGAUAAUCGUCGCCGCUACCGCGUUCGGUAAUCUUGUGAAGUGUGUUCAAAAAGCUUAUCUGCUUUAACGGUUUAUUGACAAUAAUUACGAAUAAUUAUAAAAAUCGAUCGAACUUUUAAACACGGACGCGUGUUUCGUUUACGUUAAAACGUACUAUUUCGAAGGGGAGAAGAGGGAGAAGACAAGGAAAAGGAGGUGGUAGUGUGGCGAGUGUAAAACAGUGCGUGUGUGAAAACGGCACAAUAUGAGAGUGACAGCCGCUGUUAGACAGCAUUCUCUUCAUCUGCAAGUGGCUCGUACCAACAAUGGCAAGUUCCUGGUCUGUCCGAACAAUAGUCAGGACAUCAGUCAACAACCGACAAACGACGAGACAAACUCGGUGCCAGCGGUUGUCUUUCCUAGUUACGAACCGGUGCCUACCGAUCAUCAUGGACCUACCAUACUCGGUGAUCGGUAUUUGCUUCUUGGACCGGCCGAGGGCAGCGCUCUAUACCGAUGCGUCGACGUACACACUGGUCAACAGCUCGUCGCAAAGGCGUUGACCGUGGGCGACAAAGGUUGCGAGGCACUACUACAGGCGCACCUUCGAUUAGAAGGUACCGGAGCGGCGAGCGGUGUUGCAGGCGUGGUGGAAGCACCUGGAGGUCGACGCUACCUCCUGUUGGAGGGCCAUCACGGUGACCUGCACGCCUACGUAAGGGCGCGCAGGAGACUGCGGGAACCAGAGGCGAGGCGACUGUUCCGGCAAGCAGCCAGGGCCGUAGCUACGUGCCACGAGUACGGGGUCGUGCUCAGAGAUUUAAAACUCAGGAAAUUCGUUUUCGCUGACGAAGCAAGAACACGACUUCGUCUGGAAAGCCUAGAAGAUGCGGUAAUCGUCGAAGGUGAUGACGACAAGCUGACCGAUCGACGGGGUUGUCCGGCAUACGUAGCGCCGGAAGUACUACGCUCGGGACGAGCUUAUUCCGGAAAGGCAGCCGACAUCUGGUCGCUCGGCGUACUCCUGUACACGAUGCUGGUCGGUCGUUAUCCGUUUAACGACGCCGAGCAUGCGUCUCUGUUUGCGAAAAUCUCACGUGGCCAGUUCGCGGUACCAGAAGGUCUAAGCCCACGUGCUAGGUGUCUAAUCCGCUCGUUGCUGAGAAAGGAACCGUCCGAGAGGCCGUACGCGGAGGACGUGCCGAGACACCCAUGGCUCGCGAAACCGUUACGAGUCUGCCCCACGUCCAGCAGAUCUUCUUGUCAGGAUCAGAUCGUACCAGAGCUACCUAACAAUCCUCAAGACUGACUCUUCCGAGAGAAAAAGAUAUAUUCCGCGUGCGCUGGACCCAGCUUUCUUCGUUAAUCCUCUAUUUGGACGGAAAUUCUGUACGCAGAGGGCAUUUCAUCCCAAUUUAACAUGGCUUUUGUUUCCUAUUUUGUGUUUUCUUAGUUUUUAUAUCUUAAUUUUUUAUUUUCUAUUAAAUAUGUUGAAGUUAGAUAUAAACGCUCGGUUACUUUGCACGCAGCAUCGAAAAGAUAAACGAGCAAAACAACACCUACCGUUUCUAUUAUGUAUGUAGCGAAUAUACUGAAAAAGAAGACAAAUAGCGAGGAGCGAGUAAUAAGAAAUCAAAAUUUAGUAAUUCGAUAAUUCGUACUAGAUUGUACACUAUUUAUGCGAUACAGAAUAUCUUAUAUAGAGACAGGCAAGAUAACGGUCGACUAAAAAAAUCAUAUUUAAGAAAUGUCUUCCACAUAAGGAUCGAGUGAAAGUACGAAGUCUGCGCUUUAUUAUAUUUUGUCGAGUUAAACAGUUUAAAAAACUCAUGUCCGUUGAUACAACCGAGCAUUUCUAACUCACUUGUUGCUUUAGUAUACAAUGUUAACGCAAAUGUUGAUAAAAUUGCCAAGCGUUUUCCCCCUUCUCAUACGUGAUGAAUACGUAAUUCUCCUUGGAAGAAAUAUAGUGCGAUCUUAAAAUUGUUUACAAGUUACAAUAAACAUACCUCAAAUAGACGAGAAUUAUUUAAAGAAAGAACAACACAUCUUACCUAUGUAAUCUUCUAUUAGCUGUAAUACAAUUAACAAUUGGUUAUUAACGAUAUAGUACAACAUUUCUUUUGUUCGUAGUAGUUCGACACACCAUCAACAUCAUGGUCUUCGUAAACAGUAAAGAUAAGAUAGAGAAAGUUGAACUAUCCUCCUGUAAUCGAUUGUUAUUAAGAGCGAAUCAUCAGAAAGUUCGGAAACUAGAGAUAAAAUAUAUGUUGUUGCAACUUUAUCACGAAAUUCUCACUGAAAUACGUAAUAUACCAUCACUUGCGAAUUACAACGGGUAUUCCUAUGUGAAAACCGAAUUUUUUAAUAAUUCUUAAGAGUUCUCUUUACAGACUUGUAACAUUGUGUUUUAAACGUUACGGUUUAGGUGAAAAGAAAGUUAAACCGGAAUUGCUCGUUUUAGGAAAAUAUAUUUAUACGAGUAUAUUAACUUGAUGACAAAAAGUUCAUCUUUCCGAUUCACCGAAUGAAGAUAUCAUCAACUUAUAACCACACCAUAUUUCUUCCAUACGCGUACAUAUUUACGUAUAUUAGAAUACUUGCGUGCGCAAGUUACACAUAAAAGCCAUGUUACAAAUGAAUACCAAAUAAAGGGUUAACCAUUAGCUGUCGCAUCAAGGGGUAGUUCCGAUUCCAAAUCGUUCGUUCUUUCUCCCCCCCCCCCCCUCUUUUUUUUCUUUUCUUCUUUGACAUUUUGUGUCGUCAAUAUGACGAAGGAGGUCGGCCUAGAAUAUACAAGCUGAUACAUGCAUACAACCAUUUUGGUUGGGAAAUAUUGAAAAAAGGUCUAACGGAAUGAUCGUUGCGUAAAUUUGAUUGUUAGCAAAGACUUACGAGUAGUUAUUUAUUAUCUCAAUUUAAUUUGUCUGUUCUGAAAUUCAAUAUAUACUAUUAAAAACAUUUUAUACAUUAUUAACAAGAAGUAUCAUUCUUAUAUAAUUUUUUUUUAACUAUUUAUUUAUUUUUUCUUUAUAUUAAAUCCGUAAGUCUUUGUUCAUGCACUUUUAUACGUAUAUGCAACCAAUUGAAAUAUUAAAAAUCAGUGCUCCCUCUUGAAACAGAAAUAUACGCAAGUACAUAUAUUUGCCGGCAACAUUAAGAAAACAAAGAGCAAAUAUUAAUGAUGCAAAAUCUACCUGCCUAAUGAUAAGUUCUAAGUAUUGUUUAUUCAAUUAUUUUUUUAGAAAUCCAUUUUGUUUUCUCAUUUCAUUCAGUCUCGCUCGGAUCUCAUGUAAAAGGGAUCCAUGUCCAUUUCUUUUAUUUCAUAUAUAAACAAAAUUAUAUCGAGACGAUUCGAAACAUGACAGCUUUUGUGUAUAUGCUGUACGUAAAUUUUAAAUAGACUUAGAAUUUAUCAGUGCAUAAAUGCUAACAUUGUUUGUUUUCUAUUUUGUAUUAUCGUGUUUUUUUCCUUCUUUAAAAAACAAUAUUCUUGUAAAACUAUAUACCAUUAUAAGAACUCGAACGAUUAAACGCCCCUAAUCCUCGCAGAUGGUUUAAUUCAGAAAAAGUAUCAAGAAUUAUUUCAUAUCUAUACAAUUAUUCUACAAUUAUCCUGCGAAAGAAAAGUUAAGUGCAAAAUCACCAAGUGUAUGUGUCGAACGUUUGUAUAAGAGACUUUUUUUCUUUAUAUUUUAUAAUGCAGUUCUUUUCAUGCAUUGGAUACACCCUGUGUUCGCUUUCAGUGCAUGAUUUCUUCUAUCAUUUGAGUCAGGGUACAAUGGUAAGAGCGUUUCAUUGACGCUAAAACAUGUAUAUAAGUUCAAUCCAGUCCAUUAAGUCCUACUAAAUCCUAAUAAAUAUUCAUUAGGAACAAUAAUAAAAGUUAUGUACAUAGGCAAAUAAAUAUAGCGUUUAUGAUAAA